AUGGAUCUUGGGAAGGCAAAGCUGCUUAGAACAGGACUCAACACUCUACACCAAGCCAUUCACCCUGUGCACGGGAUUGCUUGGACAGACGGCAAACAGGUCUGCCUAACGUCCCUCUACUUCAUUAACGGAGAGGUGAAGUUUGGAGACACCAACGUGAUUGGUCAGUUUGAGCAUGUUUUCGGACUCUUCUGGGGCCCGCUGUGCUGCUCUGACUCUCCUGCGCUGCUGGCUGUCCAGCACAAGAAGCAUGUUACCGUGUGGCAACUGCAGCUCAGUGCCCUUGAGCAGAACAAGCUGCUGUGCACGCAGACCUGUGAGAUGAGUGAGCCUUUUCCGUUGCUUUCUCAAGGCUGCGUCUGGCAUCCCAAACUGGACAUUCUUGCAUUGCUGACAAAGAGGGACACAUCCGUGCUGUUUUCUGUAAGAGUGGACAACAGGAGGAUCAAAGCAGACAUCAAAGGUAGUGGACUCAUUCAUUGUGCUUGUUGGACUAAGGAUGGCACACGCCUGGUGGUGGCUAUAGGCAGUGCUCUUCAUUCUUACAUUUGGAAUGACAUCCAGAAGAGUUUAGUGGCCUGUUCCUUUUGCCCCAUCUUUGACGUGGGGGGCUACAUUUGUGCCAUUGAAGCCACAGGGGAGGCCCAAGUAGCCGUGGCUACAGAGCUGCCGCUUGAUAAACUGUGUGGGUUAAACGCUGGCAUGACUUUUGACGUGCCAACGGAAACAGAGUCCCCACAGGUGGUCAUGUCAGGUGACGAUAACGUUCUGGAUUCAAGGAGGAGAUCGUUUGAAUCCGAGAGAUCCUACGUCCCCACCUCAGGUCCCCUUGAUCUUACCCACCUCCUGGCCAAGCACCGUCGCUCGGACCCCAGCCCUCUUAUCCACUUGCGUCGUCGAGAUACCAUGACAGGCUCUGGCCAGGACUGUUCGCACCUCGUUUUGGUUACUUACGAGCGAAAGGUCACCACAACUCGCAAAGUCAGCAUCCCGGGGAUUUUGGUCCCGGACAUAGUUGCUUUUGAUCCUCGUGCCUCCACACUCGCAGUGGCUUCUAACACCUGUAACAUGGUGCUUGUGUACAGCAUCACCGUCUCUGCAAUGCCCAACAUCCAGCAGAUCUCUCUGCAGCAGAACGACCGGCCCAAAGGGGUCUGCUUCCUCAGUGACAAGGUGCUGCUGGUGAUGGUGGGCAGACAGAAGUCUAACGACCCUGCCUUCCUCCCAUCGUCCAACACUGAUAAAUAUCUUCUUCGCCUCAUUGCCAAGGAGUUGAUAUACGACAAAGGGACAGCUAUCACACCAUCCCCCUCCACUACCAGCCAUGAAGCUUCUUCUAAUUUCAGUGCAAGGAUUAGGAGGCACUCAGAGCACCUGUCAAAGGAUGACAAGGAGCAUCCAGGGAUAAAAGACUUGGUUCUGCCUGGAAGGGGGGUAGUUUGUUCACCAGGGAACAGGCGCCGGCUAGUCGAGGAGGUCAAGAGUGCCGAACCCAGCCCCGUCACUGGCUCUGCAGACUCAACGGAGCGACCCACCUCCAGCACCUCCUCCAUCACCGUGGAAAAUUUCGACAUGGACCACAUCAAUCGAAUGACCAGCCUGGCGGUAGCCGGCCAGGCCAGCAGAGACUCGAGUCGGGCGAGUUCUCCUCGCUUCGAGUCGUUGGAGAAAAACCACGUGGAGGCAACUCCGCCUCCGUCUGAGAAGAUGUCCAGCCUGGCCAAGGAGCGGGGUCUGGAGCAUCUUGUUCACAACAUGGAAAGGCUUUUUACACGCUUUGCAGACGUGCAGCAGUGCCUGGCAGAAAUCAGAGACUAUACGCAGAACGGCAGAAAGGUCCCGAGUGUCUAUCCGAACGCAAGUGAUCCUCCAUAUGUCAACGUCACGUGCCAGAAGCAGCUGUCGGAGAAUGUGUUCAUUGAUGAGCGGAGGCCAGUGCUACUCUGCGACGGGAAGUUGUGUUUGCGUGUCCUCCAGGAUCUCUUCAACCUGACCGUUGUGGAGAUGAUGUAUGGACCAUUGUGGAUUGUACUUGCGGCAGAUGCGGAGGGCUUUGUGCCUCUGACGUUUAAGCCCAAAGAGGAACUUAUUGUACGGAACGGGAAGAAGAAAUCUACGUUGCGGACUCCUGGGAGUCCAGACAGCUCCUGCCCUUCCAGUUCAUCUCCAGCCACAGCUGCAGAGGCCUCUACAUCCUGACACACACAUGCGUGUAUGGACCAAUUGAGAUUUUUUUUUACUCUGAUAACUUAUAGGACAAAAG